AUGAUUAACGAAGCUAAAUUCGAAUUGUUAAAAUAAAUUGAUUAUUGGACUCAAGAUUUGUAAAAAUAUUAAAAAUAACAUGCAAAAGAGAUUGAAUUGUUUUAUUUAGAAAGAUUGGCAGUAUAUAUAAUAUAUCUAAAUAUUUAGAUUACAAAUAUGAAUGUAUCAAAUAUGGAAUAGAUUAUUAGAAAAUAUGAGUUAUUAAAAAUGGUUUAUUAAGAAAUAACCAAAAACCAUUCUUAAAAAUAUUCAGAUGACACAUUCAAUACCUUAUAUAAUAAAUAUUGUAAUGAAAAGAAAUCUAAAUAAUCAGCAACUUAAUCUUAAAAGAAAUCAAUUAAUAAUAUUAGUACACUUUAAAAUAAAGGUAGAAGAUCAAAUUAAAAUACAAAUAUUAAUACAACUAAAGAAUAAAAAAUAACUAAUUAAUAAACUAUUCAACCAAAUUAAAUUAUUGAAGAAUACAUUGAUGAAAUUGAUUAUUAUGCAGAUAAAGUCACACAUUUACAACAUUUGAUUGAAUAACAUUCACAUGAAGAAUUAUUAAGUUAAUUAAAGUAAUUGUAAUUAGAUUAAGAGACUUUAUAAUCUGAUUAUAAUGCAAUAAUAGAAGAGAAUGAAAAAUUGAAAACAGAAAUUUAAGACAAUCAAUAGAAAGUAAAUGAAUUGAGAGAAUUAUAAUUAUAAUUGAUUGAUGAAUUCAAAUAAUUUAAUUGA